AAACGCUCCGCGGCGCCAUGGGCUGAAAACUCAACCGAGAUGGAAUCUCCCAGUCUGAACCGGUUUCAACCGGUUCCGAGUUUGAGGCACUAGGAGGAGGGGGAGAAGCGGCUGCAGCGGCCGCGGCAGGAGCAGCGGGAGCUUCAGCAUCAGCAAGAGCAACAGUAGCUACAGCCCCGGCGGCCGUGCCUGUUCCAGCCUUUGCUGCAGCAGUCGUGCAACCAUCCCGAGGGGGAGGGGGGAGGCACCAGUCGCUGAGGAGCACGCGAAGGGGGGAAAGUUUAGGCUAGCUCGGGUGGGGGGGCCCGGCGCCGGAGCGGCGUGAGCGAGGGAGCCCUGUGUGGUAGGGGGAGCCGGACUGCAACUGGCGGCAGAGCGGCCCCGGCCGUACGGACUCGCGCUGCUGCUCCCGCCGCCGCCUGUGGCUGGAGGGUCCUGGGCUCUGUCUCACGGACUGGCCCGCUCCCCUCCCCCUUCCUUCCCUCCCCAGCCGGGCGGGAGCAUUUAUUUCUCGGAUUAAUUCCCCUUUUUGGUGGGGCGCGUGUGUGUGCGUGCGCGCGUGUGUGUGCGUGAGUGUGUGUUGGGUGGAGUUGUCCCUAGAAUAGUAAAUACUGAGCUUUUUUUUUUUUUUUUGCCCUUCUCUGCUUUUUAAUUUCUUUUUUGUUUAAGGUGGGAAAACUGUGAAACCCACCUUGAUUUCCUCCCCUCUCCCUCCUCCCCACCUUCCCUCGCCCCAAGCCCGGACAAGGAAGGAAGAAGCAGUUGGUUGAAUUUCUGGUAAUCUAUGCCAGCAAUUAUGACAAUGUUAGCAGACCAUGCAGCUCGUCAGCUGCUUGAUUUCAGCCAAAAACUGGAUAUCAACCUUUUAGACAACGUGGUGAAUUGCUUAUACCAUGGAGAAGGAGCCCAGCAAAGAAUGGCUCAAGAAGUACUGACACAUUUAAAGGAGCAUCCUGAUGCUUGGACACGGGUCGACACAAUAUUGGAGUUUUCGCAGAACAUGAACACGAAAUACUAUGGACUACAGAUUUUGGAAAAUGUGAUCAAAACAAGGUGGAAGAUCCUUCCAAGGAACCAGUGUGAAGGAAUAAAAAAAUAUGUUGUUGGUCUCAUUAUCAAGACAUCCUCUGACCCAACUUGUGUAGAGAAAGAAAAGGUGUAUAUUGGGAAAUUGAAUAUGAUUCUUGUUCAGAUACUUAAGCAAGAGUGGCCUAAGCAUUGGCCAACUUUUAUCAGUGACAUUGUUGGAGCGAGUAGGACCAGUGAAAGUCUAUGUCAAAAUAAUAUGGUGAUUCUUAAACUCUUGAGUGAAGAAGUGUUUGAUUUCUCUAGUGGACAGAUAACCCAAGUUAAAGCAAAGCAUUUAAAAGACAGCAUGUGCAAUGAGUUUUCACAAAUAUUUCAGCUUUGUCAGUUUGUGAUGGAAAAUUCCCAAAAUGCUCCCCUUGUUCAUGCUACAUUAGAAACACUGCUGAGAUUUCUGAACUGGAUUCCACUGGGAUACAUCUUUGAGACCAAGUUAAUCAGCACAUUAAUUUACAAGUUCCUGAAUGUUCCAAUGUUCCGAAAUGUGUCUCUAAAGUGCCUCACUGAGAUUGCUGGUGUGAGUGUAAGCCAAUAUGAGGAACAAUUUGAAACUCUGUUUACACUUACAAUGAUGCAGCUAAAACAGAUGCUUCCUUUAAACACUAAUAUCCGACUUGCAUACUCGAAUGGGAAAGAUGAUGAACAGAACUUUAUUCAAAAUCUCAGCCUGUUUCUCUGUACCUUUCUAAAAGAGCACGGUCAACUUCUAGAAAAACGACUGAAUCUCAGGGAAGCACUCAUGGAGGCUCUUCAUUAUAUGUUGUUGGUGUCUGAAGUGGAAGAAACUGAAAUUUUUAAAAUCUGCCUUGAGUACUGGAAUCAUUUGGCAGCUGAGCUCUACAGAGAGAGUCCAUUUUCUACAUCUGCUUCUCCCUUGUUAUCUGGAAGUCAACACUUUGAUAUUCCUCCUAGGAGACAGCUGUACUUGACCGUGUUAUCAAAGGUCCGUUUAUUGAUGGUUAGUCGCAUGGCUAAACCAGAGGAGGUACUGGUUGUAGAAAAUGAUCAGGGAGAAGUUGUAAGAGAGUUCAUGAAGGAUACUGAUUCCAUAAAUUUAUAUAAGAAUAUGAGAGAAACAUUAGUUUAUCUUACUCAUCUGGAUUAUGUAGAUACGGAAAUAAUAAUGACUAAGAAACUUCAAAAUCAAGUGAAUGGUACAGAAUGGUCAUGGAAGAAUUUGAAUACGUUGUGUUGGGCAAUAGGCUCCAUCAGUGGCGCAAUGCAUGAAGAGGAUGAGAAGCGGUUUCUUGUUACUGUUAUAAAGGAUCUUUUAGGAUUAUGUGAGCAGAAAAGAGGCAAAGAUAAUAAAGCUAUUAUUGCAUCGAAUAUCAUGUACAUAGUAGGUCAAUACCCAAGAUUUUUGAGAGCACACUGGAAAUUUUUGAAGACAGUAGUAAACAAGCUAUUCGAAUUCAUGCAUGAGACCCAUGAUGGAGUCCAGGAUAUGGCUUGUGACACAUUUAUUAAAAUAGCUCAAAAAUGCCGUAGGCAUUUUGUUCAGGUUCAAGUUGGAGAAGUAAUGCCGUUCAUUGAUGAGAUUUUAAACAACAUAAAUACUAUAAUUUGUGAUCUUCAGCCUCAGCAGGUUCAUACAUUUUAUGAAGCUGUGGGGUACAUGAUUGGUGCACAGACAGACCAGACAGUUCAAGAGCAUUUGAUAGAAAAAUACAUGCUACUCCCUAAUCAAGUGUGGGACAGUAUAAUUCAGCAGGCUACCAAAAAUGUGGAUAUCCUGAAAGAUCCUGAAACAGUCAAGCAGCUGGGUAGCAUAUUAAAAACAAAUGUGAGAGCCUGCAAAGCUGUUGGUCAUCCCUUUGUAAUUCAGCUUGGCAGAAUUUAUUUAGACAUGCUUAAUGUAUAUAAGUGCCUCAGUGAAAAUAUUUCUGCAGCUAUUCAAGCUAAUGGUGAGAUGGUUACAAAGCAACCAUUGAUUAGAAGUAUGCGGACAGUAAAAAGGGAAACUUUAAAGUUAAUAUCUGGUUGGGUGAGCCGUUCCAAUGAUCCUCAGAUGGUAGCUGAAAACUUUGUUCCUCCUUUGUUGGAUGCAGUUCUUAUUGAUUACCAGAGAAAUGUACCAGCUGCUAGAGAACCAGAAGUGCUUAGUACUAUGGCCAUUAUUGUCAACAAAUUAGGUGGACAUAUAACAGCUGAAAUACCUCAAAUAUUCGAUGCAGUUUUUGAGUGCACAUUGAAUAUGAUAAAUAAGGAUUUUGAAGAGUAUCCAGAACACAGAACAAACUUUUUCUUAUUACUUCAAGCUGUCAAUUCUCACUGUUUCCCAGCAUUCCUAGCUAUUCCACCUGCACAGUUCAAGCUGGUUUUGGAUUCUAUUAUUUGGGCUUUUAAACAUACUAUGAGGAAUGUUGCAGAUACAGGCUUACAGAUACUUUUUACACUUUUACAAAAUGUUGCACAAGAGGAAGCUGCCGCACAGAGUUUUUAUCAAACUUAUUUUUGUGAUAUUCUUCAGCAUAUUUUCUCUGUUGUAACAGACACUUCACAUACUGCAGGUCUAACAAUGCAUGCAUCAAUUCUUGCAUAUAUGUUUAAUUUGGUUGAAGAAGGAAAAAUAAGUACACCACUAAAUCCUGGAAAUCCAGUUAACAACCAAAUGUUUAUUCAAGACUAUGUGGCUAAUCUCCUUAAAUCUGCAUUCCCUCAUCUACAAGAUGCUCAAGUAAAGCUCUUUGUAACAGGACUUUUCAGCUUAAAUCAGGAUAUUCCUGCUUUCAAAGAACACCUAAGGGAUUUCUUAGUUCAAAUAAAGGAGUUUGCAGGUGAAGAUACAUCGGAUCUAUUUUUGGAAGAAAGAGAAACAGCCCUUCGACAGGCUCAGGAGGAGAAACAUAAACUUCAAAUGUCUGUACCUGGGAUUCUUAAUCCACACGAAAUUCCAGAAGAAAUGUGUGAUUAAAAUCUGAAGUCAUGCUAGGCUUUUUUCUCUCUGCAACAUUUGUUCCUGGAAGAAAAGAGCAGAUGGAUUAUUUGUCGACCAAAAUGAUGCCAAUUUGUAAAUUAAAAUGUCACCUAGUGGCCCUUUUUCUUAUGUGUUUUUUGUAUAAGAAAUUUUCUGUGAAAUAUUCUUUCAUUGUUUAAGCUUUUGUUUUGGUCAUCUUUAUUCAGUUUGCAUGAAGUUGAAAAUUACGGCAUUUUUAAGAUAACUUUUACUUCAUGCCCAUUUUGAGGCAAUGCUGUGGGAGGCAGUAAAUUUGAUUUGAAAAUAGACUUGUAAAUUCUAAUACAAAAUUAUAAAUUUUUUCUUGUAAACAAUACAAAUUUUAAUUAGGGAGCAUUUUUUUCUAGCCUGUAUCUUGGCCUAGAAGAAACGUAAUGAGUAAAGCAAUUGCGUCAAGGGGGUUCUAGAGCUGCAUUGUCCGGAGUUGGCACCUCCUGAGCUGAAUUGUCUGUCUCUAGACUACGUGUAUUAAAGUCUGUGUGUCAAGUUUGCAGCAAGAUCAUGUGCAUAUCAUCCCAUUGUAAAGCAACUUCAAAAAUAUGGGAACAGUUAGUUAUUUUUACACAGUUCUUUUUGUUUGUGUGUGUGUGUGUGUGCUGUCGCUUGUCGACAACAGCUUUUUGUUUUCCUCAAUGAGGAGUGUUGCUCAUUUGUGAGCCUUCAUUAACUCAAAGUGAAAUGGUUAAAAAUAUUUAUCCUGUUAGAAUAGGCUGCAUCUUUUUAACAACUCAUUAAAACAACAACAACAACAACGAAAACAAAACUCUGGCUUUUGAGAUGACUUAUACUAAUUUACAUUGUUUACCAAGCUGUAGUGCUUUAAGAACACUACUUAAAAGGCAAAAUAAACUUGGUUUACAUUUAUUUUCCCUUCACUGACUUAAAAUUAUUCCUACUUAAUGAAGGUGAUUUUAAGGAUUGUAAUACUUUAUAUGAAGUUUCGUACUUGUCUUGUUAAAAGGACUCCUACCUGGGAGUGGUGCCUCAUGCUUUUAGCUCAGCACUACAGUCAGAGACUGGAUCUCUUGAGUUGGAGGUUACCUUAGUCUACCUAGUGACUUCCAGUACAGUUAGGGCUACUCUGUCUCCAAAACAAGGGUUCUAAGAUAGUUGGUAGGUUUUAACAGUCAGAGCUUUGUGCCAAAGUCUUAUAAUCCCAUCAGAGUCUGGUGGAUCUCGAGUUUUGUUUUACUUUUGGUUUUUUGAGGGAGUUUCUCUGUGUAGCCCUGGCUGUCCUGGAAGUUGCUAUGUAGACCAGGCUGGCCUCGAACUCAGAAACUGGCUUAUCUCUGGAUUAAAGGCAGGCAUCACCUCUGCCCAGCAGGAUCUCAAGUUUUCUAAGAGAUUGGUACACAUGGUAAAUUUUAGGACAGCCAGGGAUAUGUAGGGAGGUCUUGUCUCAAAAAACUAACAAAAAAAAGAUAACAGCCUUGAUCUUGAUAACAGCUUGAGUCACUGUGGGGUUUAGGGAACAUCUUUUUGUGCAGCUCUAGUUAGUGGCUGUGUAAGUAGAUUAGCUUUGGAAGGAGUACAGGCAUACUCUUCAUCCUCGCAACUGGCACCUGAGGCUGUAGGCUUAGAGUUUUCAAGGGUACCUUGGUCACUUGAGUCCCAAUGGAAAUAAGUGUUAGCCAAACAGUGGCCCUAGAAAGAAAGAUGUUUAUAGUGGUGCGUGUAACUAGUUAAUGUGUUGUCUUAGAGUCUCUGCUUGACAACAAAACUGUUAGGCUAAUAUGACCAGGAUGGCAAGAAAAAAAAGGCUCACUUAUAUUUGAAUUGAGAUGUGGAGUUAGUGUGUACAGUGUGACAAGGGGUUGUAGUUAUGGUUGUAAGCCUGCAUCAAGGAGACAGCCUAGCUAAUUUGGUAGAGGUUAUCUUCUUGGGGGUUGUGGGGGGUAGGUAGUCCACUUACUCAGCAUAUCAGGUAUUCAAGGAUUCAAAGAUCAGGUAGGCCAGGGAAAGCAAGAAAGACCCUGAAUUCCCUUGCCAGUCUUGGAAAAGAGAGCUGGAACUGUGCUUAAUGAUGGAUAUCAUUUGAGUAAAUUUUAGAAUACAAUAAAAUGUCUAAGCACACUUAAUAAAGUGCUUAAAUUACAGUGUA